AUCUUUCUCAAAAACCUCUGCCAUCCCGCGCUCCCAAUCACAGUAUAUAUGAUCACCAAACUUGGCUCGAAUCCUCACAAACCAUCAACCUAUUUACAUAUUCAAAAACCACGUCAUUUGUGAAGGUGGAUCAUAUAUAACGCUCACUCUAGAAGACAGAAAGCAGUAAAAGAUGAGAUUUUUGGAACGAGACACUCACUGCAGUACUGGCUGUCAUAAGUGAUAUGGCUCUACACCCAAGGCAGAACUUCCAUGGGAUUUAGAAUGAUUCAGGAAGAAAAAGAGUGGACACACGCCCAUCACAACCCAACUCUCGAAUACAUUUGUUAAAACUUUUUAUCUGAAGCUUUCAAAUUGUAUUAUUCAUGAUUAAAGUCAGUCUGUGUUUGGAAAACCCAAUUUGAUGCCGAAAAUGUUCCUGCUUGAGGUCAGUUAUUUCAUGGUGCUGAGCACUGCCUUCACGUCUAUAAUCUCAGUGCUGCUGCUCCUUGCCGUAUCCCGUCAACUCUGGUCUUUUCGCUGGCGCAUGACAAAGGACAGGACGUGUAAACUGCCUCUUCCGAAUGGUUCCAUGGGAUGGCCACUGUUCGGAGAAACCUUUCACUGGCUGCUGCAGGGUUCCAGUUUUCACAUCUCCAGGAGAGAAAAGUACGGAAACGUCUUUAGGACCCAUGUCUUAGGCAAACCUGUUAUCCGAGUGACAGGAGCCGAGAACAUCCGUAAAAUAUUACUGGGAGAACACAAUUUAGUGAGCACACAAUGGCCCCAAAGUACUCGGAUCAUCCUUGGCGCUAACACUUUGGUUAACUCUAUUGGGGACCUCCACAAACAGAAAAGAAAGAUUUUAGCCAAAGUGUUUAGCCACGCGGCUCUGGAGACGUAUAUCCCCCGCAUUCAGAGUGUUGUCAGGACAGAGGUUGAAAGCUGGUGUGUAAAUCAGGGCUCCAUCAAUGUAUAUCCUUCUGCCAAAGCCCUCACUUUUCGCAUCGCAGUCCGCGUCCUGUUGGGGCUCAGUGUGGAAGACGAUUAUCUGGACUACCUUUCCAAGACUUUCGAGCAGCUUAUGGAGAACCUGUUCUCUCUUCCUCUUGACGUGCCAUUUAGUGGGCUUCGCAAAGGUAUCAAAGCUCGAGAUAUACUCCACGAAUGUAUGGAGAAAACCAUUGCGGAAAAACUAAAGCAGAGCCAAUCAAAGGAAUACAGUGACGCGCUUGAUUACAUGCUGAGCAGUGCCAAGGAAAAUGGCAACGAAUUAAACAUAAAGGAGUUGAAGGAGUCUGCUGUUGAACUUAUCUUUGCAGCCUACUCUACCACCGCCAGCGCUAGCACCUCUCUGAUCCUGCAGCUCACUAGGCACCCCUCUGUCGCUGAAAAAGCCAAGCAGGAGCUGGUCUCACAAGGACUUAACGGGCACCGUGCCCACUUUAAGAGUUGCAAAGACGGAAACUCACUGCCGAUCUUCCCCGAAGCGUCAGCAGAAAAACGGGGUACACACGAAGAAAGUAAUUCAACAACGAAAACUAAACCUCAGAAAGGGUUUGAGUUAACCCACCACACCACCAGCGGGCCACCCUGUACCAUGCCAGCUACCGUGGAAGAGGGACACUAUUCAUGUCAUCAACCGUAUUUAAGUUUGGAGAAACUGAGUCAAUUGCAUUACCUGGACUGCGUAGUUAAAGAAGUGCUUAGGACUCUCCCGCCGGUGUCUGGAGGUUACCGGACGGCCCUGCAAACCUUUGAGCUAGACGGAUAUCAGAUUCCAAAAGGUUGGAGUGUCAUGUACAGCAUCCGAGAUACCCACGAAACAGCUGCCGUUUACCAGAGCCCAGAACUGUUUGACCCGGAUCGCUUUGGAACCGAGAGGGAAGAGGGCAAGGCCGGUCGAUUCAAUUUCAUCCCAUUCGGUGGGGGAAUCAGAAGCUGUAUAGGCAGAAAACUGGCACAGAUCAUAUUGAAAAUUAUAGUUGUCGAAUUACUCAAUACAGCGAGAUGGGAGCUCGCCACACCUACUUACCCCAAAAUGCAAACGGUCCCCAUUGUGCACCCGGUGAAUGGUCUCCAUGUUUGUUUCAAUUACUUGAACUCGCACGAGGAAAGCAAUGUGUCUCAGAAACUAUAACGAGAAUAUGUCGUUUGUAAAUAUUAAACGCAAGGCAUUAGAAUUAACUUGUUAUUAUUUAGCAUUUAAAUUAUUUUAUAUAAAUAUGUAUUAAAUAAGAGAAAUGUGGGAUGCCAUUUGUGGUAAUGUAUACAAGAAAUAUGAAGUAGAAUACUGCCGUAUAAGCUUUUUAUUAGAACAAUUGUUAUGACAGAAACAAAGAAUAGUCUAAAAUUAUAGUUACUAUAGGCCUUUGAAAAUAAAGCGUCUCCAGUCGCUAGACUUGUACUAUUAGUAUGAUAUACAUAAUCUUGAGCGAGUGAAAUAAAGGGAAGGAGAAACAUAAACCUUAUAUAGCACUUUGAACUAUACCUCCUUGUGGAGUUUAUUGUGAAAUCUGCAUGACUUUAAUGCAAAAUAGUUACAGUAUUUACAUGGAUAAAAAAUAAUCUGUGCAUUAAUCUUGCAGCAUGUAUAAUGUUCGCAUGUAUAAUGUUCAGUCUUGUAUUGUCUUUUCAACGGUGUUUGUGUCAAAAUGCUUUAUAUUGUCAACACCGUUUUUGUGAUAUAUUUGUGAGUAUUAAAAAUGAAAAGAAACCGAAAAAAAACAA